AUGGAGGAACCACCACGCCAGAUCCACGGGAUCCGCUGGUUUCUCGUGGUUAUUGCCAUUUACAGUUCAACAUUCCUCUAUGCUUUGGACAGCACGAUCGUGGCCAAUAUCCAACCCGCAAUAGUCCAAUCACUGGAUGGGCUAGACAAAAUCGCUUGGUUAGGGGUAGCAUUUGUCAUGGCGUCGAGUGGCACCUUACUUAGCUGGCUGCAGCUGUUUAGUGUGUUCAAUCUCAAGUGGCUCUACAUCGCUUCCAUUAUCAUCUUCGAGAUUGGGUCGACCAUCUGCGGUGCUGCGCCCACCAUGAAUGUCCUGAUUGGAGGGCGUGUGGUGUGUGGCAUCGGUGGCGUUGGCCAAUAUAUCGGUGUGAUGAACUUCAUCCCUCGCCUGACCACGUUAGAAGAACGACCACGAUACAUCGGCUUGCUGGGAAUCACCUAUGGAGGCGGCACCGUUCUGGGCCCUGUCCUGGGUGGAGCCUUUACGGAUAGCGGAGCUGGAUGGCGAUGGUCAUUCUACAUCAAUCUCUGCAUUGGGGGCCUGUUUUCCCCCGUGUACGCCUGGCUGAUUCCGUCGGUGCAGCCGCAGCGAGUGGAAGGCACCAGCGUCCUGAAACGCCUACGUCGACUGGACUAUUUGGGCUCUGCACUUCUCAUUAUUGCGUUCGUAGCCGGGGUGAUUGGGCUGAAUUUUGGCGGAGUGCAGUAUCCCUGGCAUUCGGGGGGCAUCAUUGCUGCACUGGUGGUGAGUGGAGUGGCCUUUGUAGCCUUUGCGCUGCAGCAGGUCUUCUGCCUGGCGACGACAGCCCAGACCCGUCUGUUUCCUGUCGAAAUGGUGUCACGACAGCAUCCGCUCCUCUUGAUGUUGUUUGUAUGCAGUUGCUCGGUGGCCACCUGCAUCACCGUGCCGACCUACAUGAUUCCGCUCUACUUUCAGUUCAUCUCGUCUGACGGUGCUCUCCAGUCGGCUGUGCGCUUACUACCGUUUAUCCUACCUUUGGUCUGUUCCGGUGUUGGAGGCGGAUUCCUCGUAUCUCAGUUCCCAGUCUAUAAGCCAUGGUAUCUGGUCGGGGGGAUCUUGUCGCUCGUCGGAGCGUCAUUGCUUUGUACCGUCAGUCCCGAGACCAGCUUCGCUGCCAUCUACGGCUACUCUGCGCUUCUCGGCUUGGGUGCAGGCAUGUACAUGCAGUUGGGGCAUUCGGUCGCCCAGGCCAAAACACCUCCUGCACACAUCGCAGCGGCAAUUACCUUUGUCACUACCGCCCAGCUGAACGGACUCACGUUCGGAUUGGCUAUUACCGAAUGUGUGUUUUUAAAUGAGGCAAUCAAACGCUUAUCAUGGGUGUUGCCCAACCAGUCGCAUGCCACGCUCGUCAGCGCCAUUUCCGGAACGCAAUCAGCAUUUGUAAGCACUUUGGAUUCACACACUAAACAGAAGGCCCUAGGGGCGAUCAUAGAUGCUAUGGAUCAGACGUUUGUUCUGGCUGCUGUUGGAGGGGGGCUGGUUGUGGUGUUGAGUUUGUGCAUGAAGUGGGAGAAACUGGUCCUCACAGCUGUGGCGGCUGGAUAG